CUGGAUGUAGCUCAUAGUACGUUGCAUAGCGUUGGGUAUAUAUGUAUAUACCUACAGCAUAGCAAAAAAGUGGAUUGCGGGGCGUCUUCUAGUCGUUCAUUAUCAAACGUUUUACUAAUCCGAAAAUAGGUUAUCAUUGUAAAGCGAGCAAAAGCUCACGACCUUCUCGAUUUGAACCAGUCGCUGCUUACUUAGUUUGUGUUUCGCAUUCGAUGUGAAUAGAAGCUGCAAUCUCUGUGCACCAUGUGGAUCUUGCUUUUAUUCUUGCCUGUCCUAGUCGGCGCCUUGGAGUCCAGUUCGCUGCUGCUGGAGCUGGCGCAGUUGGCUGCCAACAAUGGGUCCUUAGAGCCAACGCAGUGCGUAGAGCAGCUGCGUGAGCUGCAUGCCGCUUGGCAGGCGAACCAGAGUUGGGCUCUGAAAGCUGUGGAUGCCUCUGGCAGCGGCUUUCACAAUUUCAUGCUGGGCAACAGCCUGUGGCUGGGCAAUCGCCUCACCUGUCGAGCGCUCAAUGAGCCGCUGCUCCAGGACUUUACAAGGGAACACCGCAAGCUGCUGCGAGAGCACGCGCCCUUUGACCACGCCUAUAGCGUGGCCUACCUGAGAGCCAACUCCAGCUGGCAGCUGACCACGAGCAUGAAGUCGAGGCAGCUGUUGCAUGUUGGACUCUGUCUGCCCCACAGCUGCGAUCCACAGCAGCUGGAGCAGCUGCUCAGCCAGAGCCUAAAGGCAGCCAGAGCAGAGGGCAGCUGGGAGCAGCGAAUGGAGCUGCAGCUGGAGCUGGGCUACACCAAACGCCCAGAGCUAGGCGCUGGCUUCUUUACCCGUCCCGCAGUUCGUUGGCUGCUGUUGCUGCUGGCUGCUAGUCUUCUGCUGCUCUGCCUAGCCAGCAGUGGCUUCUUUCCAGCUAGUCGCAUCCUUGGCUGCUUCGAUGUGGCUGCCAACUGGAGGCGUCUGUGGCAGCUGCCUUCAGCGGGCGGUCAUGAGAUCGCGGUUAUCAAUGGAUUACGCGUCUGCAGCGCCUUUGCUCUGCUCGGGUUGCAUAUCGUUUGGUAUCAAUUCUUCUCGGUGAAUUAUUCGGUGAAUCUGGCGGAGACACUGGUCACUGUGAUCCUGUACAUCCCUGUAGCGGGCGCAUUGGAAUUUUUCUUUGUCAUCAGUGGCUUCCUCACCGUCUCCAACUUUCUGCGUAAUCUGCCACUGCAGCGCAGCAUUGCAAGGGAUACGCUACCCGGCGUUGCGCGGCAUUUUGUGAGGCAAGUGGCUCAACGAUACUUACGAUUGGCUCCGCUGCAAUGCAUCGUGAUUCUGGUCACCGUGGUGAACUUCUACUAUCAGCGCGACACAUCGGUCUUCCAUUUUGUUGAGCCCGUGGAUGAGUUGUGCGCGCAGCAUUGGUGGCGCAACAUCCUGUUCGUACAGAAUCUGUAUCCGAUAAGCGAGAUGUGCUGCAAUUGGACCUGGUCUCUCGGCUGCGACAUGCAACUGUUUAUAGGAGCCAUGCUGAUGCUGUGCCUGCACACCAGACAUCCACAACUGGUGCGACGUUUGGUUUGGUCGCUUCUCAUUGGAAAUAUGUUAUACACUGUCGUAAUGUUAAUCAUGCUGGAUGUACCCAAUACAGUGGAGGCCAUGUACAGCAUGGGUGACUGGAUAUACACGAAACCCUUGGUCCGCAUGUUGUCCUAUCUCAUAGGUGGGAUUUAUGGAUAUGCUCAUGCCCACAGCCUGGAAGCUCCCUUUUUAGCAGUUUUUUCAUCCAAGCUAGCCAAAUGUACGAUAGCGAGCAUCGCUCUGUUGCUAGUGGGCCAGCUGCAGGACUUUGAGCUGGCCAGUCCAGCUGUGGUUGGCAUCUCUCUCGUAUUUUUCCGCUUCUUAAUAUCUGCAGCUGCGGCCCAUCUCAUUUACCGCAGUUUUCGCAUGGAUGGCAGUAACAGAGUAACGUGUUGGCUGUUGCAUUUCCUUGAAGCAACUUGGUUUCAGCGCUUUGGUCGGAUUACUUAUGCCAUAUAUCUACUCAAUCCAACGAUCAUACUCCACGUUUACUACUCUCUCAGCGAAGGAAUUCCUUCGGACUACAGUAUUUUGCUAUAUCUGUUUUUGGCUCAUUUUGUUAUAAUUUCGAUACUCUCCAUUCCGUUGACUCUGCUCUUCGAGCUACCCUUUAACAGGCUUUCAAAUCUAUUGCUGGUCUCAAAUGGUCUUAAAAAUAAAAGUAAUUAA